AUGAUCGGUAGCCAAGGAAUUCGAGUCUUCUGCCCGACAGUGUCGUUGCUGCGUUCUUUUCAUACUUCUCUGAAUAGGUUGGCAACCCUGAAAGAUAGUAUGUGUUUUCCGUUUGUUUUGUUAUUAUUACAGUAUGAUGUAGUCUCCAUUCGACUCAAGUCGGUGAAAAACAUCCAGAAGAUCACCCAAAGUAUGAAAAUGGUUGCUGCUGCAAAAUAUAACCGUGCCGAAAGAGAACUUCGUCCUGCAAGACAGUACGGUCAGGGAUCUCUUGGACUACUGGAUCACAUCAAGGUCACAGAGGAGCUACCGCAAAAAUCGAAUCAUAUUAUCAUUGUUAUGACGAGUGACCGCGGUCUUUGUGGAGCUGUUCAUUCUAACAUUAUCAAGAUGGUCAAAGCCGACUUACUGUUACACAAGGAUAAAUUCAUUCCGAAAAUUGUGUGUAUCGGAGAAAAGUCGAAAAUCGUGCUUACCCGAGUACCACCAACAUUCUCAGAUGCACGGCGGAUAACAGACCACAUUUUGAACAGCGGCUUUGCAUUCACCCAGGGCAACAUCUAUUAUAACCGUUUCAGGUCAGUCGUUUCGUACAAGUCGACGAGACAACCGGUUUUCAGCACGCCUGUGAUCGUCAACACACCUUCGUUCAGCGUCUAUGACUCGGUCGAUGACAGCACGUUCGAAAGUUUCUUCGAGUACAACUUAGCAUCGAUGCUUUACUAUGCGAUGAAAGAGAAUGCUUGUUCAGAGCAGAGCUCUCGUAUGACGGCCAUGGACUCCGCCAGCAAGAACGCAGGAGAAAUGAUCGCCCGCCUCAGCCUUCAUUACAAUCGCACCAGGCAAGCGGUCAUCACCAGGGAAUUAAUAGAUAUCGUUAUCGGAGCAUCAGCACUCUAA